AGGAUUGAUUUAGAGUCCCUUGUAUUGAACGGGCUAUGUUUAGGUCUUAUCAAUACCGUCAACUUAAUGGAUAAUUUAGAGUUUCAAUUUUGCGAUAUGUACAGCGAUUCAUUUCUUGUUUUAGACUUAAGUAUGUUUGAGAAGCCAAAAGGUCUCCUUUUUACGUUUUGUUUUUCAAAUAAGUAAUGUUUAAAAGCACAAUUACACGAAAUGUAUUGUGUUUGUUGUCUUUAAAUAUACAUGGAUUGAUUGCCACGUUAACAAAACUGGAUUAGCAGCGAAACUCUGGUGAUUAAUUAAUUUAUACCAUAAAAUGCUUCUGCUGUAACGUUGAUGUUGUAUAUGACUCGGAGGUUAACAUUUGACGUUAACGUAUAUGACGUAUUUCAACCAUGAGGCCGAAACCCGUGUUGGCUAUGGUAAUAAUCGACACGAUACUGAUGAGCGACCACGUGCUAGGACAAGUUAUAUUAUGCUCAAGGCACCUAUCUCCAUGGCCGGAAGCGAUGAAAAAAUGUUUGGCUAAUAACGGUCUUCCGUUACGUGCGCCUAGACAUACAGAAGGACCAUUACCUUCAUUCGAGCUGAAGAAUGGUAUUCAGGGAUGGACUGGAGAUUAUACAUUAAACAACAACCAAGGUGAAAUUGAACGAUGCGGAUAUCUGCAUAUAAAUGAUUACCUAGUUCCGUCAGGAGGCGUUCAGUUCGCUGAUUGUGAUCAGAGCAAACACUACAUUUGUUGUCACCCAAAUAAAGAUGGUCCGUGUACAGUACAAAAUUACCAUGUCUACACUGGUCCAUGGUAUGAGGCCACCAAAUGUGCAGUUAACGUGACAAUAGAAGACCUUAUCACUAUUCAAGCACCACCUGGUGCUUACUGGACAAUGGAAAAGGAUGGGCCGAACUGGAGCAGCAUUGACGGACCGAACUUCCCGAUGGAUCAAUUGCAUUCUUGUGGUACAAUCAGUGGUUCUCUGGACAAAUUCCGUCAGCCAGAAUUUGAAGACUGCAAAAGCUCCUUUAUAGUACUUUGCAUAUUUGAUACACAUCCUCUUUACACGUUCGACUUCGCCAGUACCUGUUUUAAAGGAAAUCCGGUCGUGCAAGUUUCUACAUCCUCCUCAACUGCAGCAUCUUCGACGACGAUAGCGACGAUGUCAACUAUGCAUUCCACAGUAAGCGUAAUUAUGAACGAUACAGUACAGCCGGUCACUGAUACUGUUACACCAGCAAAUACAGCCACAGUUGAUAAUUCUACAGAUCCGUUUGCUUCACAUCAGCUUGAAACGACACGGCAGAACGAUGGAAAACAAUAUAAUGAAGUGACGAUUGCGUUAGCAGCUGGCUUUGGUGUAAUUUGUAUUGGUUGUGUACUUGCUGUGGGCAUAUUCGUUUACAGGCGUAAAACGGCAGCAAGAAAGCAAGACGCCGUGUCAGUUGAAUAUAAGAAUGGCGUUGGUUCUACUAGCAAUGUCUGUAUAAACAACACAAAAAGAGGACACACAAAUGCCGCUUACGUUAUAGGCUCAAUGCACACGGCAGACUUGUAUGAUGAACUGCCAGGAGAUAACGACCAUAAUGUCUAUGUAAGAGACCCACAUACGUCGCAUUUCCAGGGACAGGAUAAGGUAGCUCACAAGCCGUGUUUUCAUCACUUGUCGGCUGUUGAAGACAUACAAGUGUACGCACUGCCGAAGAAGAUGAACGGAGAUCAAGUUGAGGUUAAGAGUGAUUACUCUGAUAACGCGUAUCUGGAGCCAAAGCGAUCGAAUCACAAUAUCGCAAUUAAUGUUGAACCAAGAUUUGAUUCUGAUGAAGAAUCAUUUGUGGACGACUUCUCCUCCGAUGAAUCUGAUUUUGAUGGACCGGCUCACUACAUGAACGAAGAGUCUAAGGAGAACGAUCCGACAAGCACAUCUGACGGCUCCGACCCCGACUGUUAUUAUAACGACACCGGUCUAUAUCAGGACAUUGCCUGUGACGCAGAGCCCGUUGUAGAACAAGCCAUACCAGUGAUAACGGACAACGAACAGUUUGAGAUAACAUUACAAGAAGAUAGCGAUGGUGAGAUUUAUGAAGAAUAUUCGUGCGCAUAAUCAAUGGUUUUAGUGUAAAGCUCAAACAUAACCUGACAUUCGCAAAAUGCGUCCAUAAAUACCUUAUGUAUAAAUGAGCCUUUAAAUUCAGCAAUGCCUUAUUUUCAUAUGUUUUCGGCAAUAUACAGUGAUCAUAAUAAAUAUGGACGCAUAUACUAUAAUUGAAUUAUUAUGUUUUUAAAAACGAAUAUUACACUUGUGUUUGAAAACUCAAGUAUAGACCAUGCGUUACUUAUUAUAUGUGAUUUUUUGUGUGACAAUUAAACGGCUAUUUGUUUCGAUGA